AGAUUACAUUAAUGGUAGACCUUUAGCCAAUUUGUUGCCGAUAGCAAUUCUAUAAAUUUUUGAGUAGACGCUUUAUCGAUAAUUCUUUUAUAAUUAUAUAAGAUUUUUGAAUUGAUAAUUUUUGUGGAAUUUUGUAACAAAGAGAAGUAUAUUGGAAAGUGAUCUGAAAUAUCUGUUUUUAUUAUUUCUGAUUUUAGAGAAGAAUCUUGUAUUGAAUUUGUUAAUAUAUUAUCAAUAGCAGUAAUAGAUUUGAAAGUUGCCCUAGUGGGUUUGUUGAUAAUGGGGAAAAUAGUAAAAUAAGUUGAAACAUGUCGUCAAAAAUUGAAAAUGACAGGUGUUCAAAAAUCGCUCCUAGAGAAAGAACUAAUUGUGGCUAUCCUGGAAUAUCAGACUAUGAUUGUUUCAAACGUAAUUGUUGCUGGGAUAGUUCAAUUCCAAAUGUCGUUUGGUGCUUUUUUCCGACAAGUCGUAUUGAUAGCCGUAUUUAUGGAUUAUUUGAAGGGAAUGUUCUUAACAUUUCUCUUGAGUUGAGCGGAAGUGGUUAUAAUGUUACAAUAGAGUAUUUUUUCCCACCUUUUCUUACUUUUACCUCUGACAAUGUUCCACCUGGAUUUUUAAAAAUAAACUCGGAUCAGACUAAGUAUUCUUUUUCUGGAUAUUUUGACUCAAAUGUUGUUGUUAAAAGCAACAUUACAUUACUUCUAAAGAAAAUAAAAUGUCUAAGAGGUUUACCAAUUGAAAUCUCAGUGAAAUUAAGUUAUCAAAAUGAAAUGAACAAAAUCAAAGCUAAAGCAAUGGCAUAUCAAAAAAUUUUGCCUUGUCUGGAAAACUUUUCAAAAAUAUCAAAGGACAAGAACGCUUUAAAAGAAUAUUAUGGUCGUGGAAUACUUGUAAAUGCAGAUAAAUCAUACUUAUACAUAUGCAUGAAUCAAAACGUUGUGAGCUCUAAAGCAGCUUGUUAUUAUUCUAAUAUCACUGGUGACUUUAUGAUUGGUCUUGAUAUUCGUGUGGGAUGUGUGUUAGGACGUCAUUUAAUAACUAAAGAGCUUUAUGCGAUCCAUCGUAAUCAAAGGUUGUAUAUAUAUUUUAAUACAAUAUACAAAAAAUGGCUUGGACUGACAAAUCAACAAUUUAAUGAAAUUUCCCAAAAUCUUGAAAAUCAGUUGAUGAAAAAUUUUGAAGUGGAUGAAGAUCAGUUUUUUACUCUUGGUGUAAAUAAGUGGAUGGGUAACGCAGAGGGAUUGUUUUAUCGCAACGAUUCGUUUAGUUUUUGGACGCAAAGAGUCAAGUGGAAUCGUUAAAUAUUAUAAUUUUUAUUUUAAUUUAAAUUAUAUUUCCUCACAUUUUAACGUAUUUGUAUUUCAUUGAGUAGAGAAUGAAACUUGUAUUUCUUAUCAUAUAUAUUCUCUCUCUCUCUCUCUCUCUCUCUCUC